UGUCGCCUCCACACUUUGAUAAUUCUCCCGAUAGCGAUAUCGCCCUAAACCUGGGGUAACAUUGGCUAAUAUCAUCCGAAGCUUAUCGAGUAUCGACCCCCCGGAUCAUGUUGGUUGCCAUGCGCUGCCAAUCUUGCCCGUCUGGCAAUCCCCCCAAUGCCUCCUAUAAAGAGAGAGCUGGCCGUCAGAAUGAAGCUCUCCUAACCAGCAAAGCUCCCAGACUUUCCCUGGCGCUGUCAUCACCAUGCCAAUUUUCAAAGACAGAGACCUUGACGUCCCCGGCACGGAGCUGCUGAUCGAUGUCCAGCAUGACCUCGAUGUUGCCCACGAUAGCUCCGACAUCAUCCUGUUGCCCCCUCCCACAGCCUGCGAGGGCGAUCCUCUCAACUGGUCCAAAUUCAAGAAAUACUGGCACCUCUUUCUUGUUUCCGCAUAUGCCUGUGUCUUUUCUUUUGCUGAGAACAACACCGGAGAUGCCUACUCGACGAUCGUGGACAUGACGGGGUCCACCAUGACCAUCAUGAAUGGUGGUGGCGCACUCAACUAUCUUAUGCUGGGACUGGUGAACAUCUUUUGGAUUCCAGCGGCCAUGAAGAUUGGGCGUCGGUUCUGCUUCCUCGCCACGCUGCUUCUCUGCAUCGGCUCCUCAAUCUGGAUGGGCGCGUUCCAUACUGCAGGUGAAUGGUAUGGCUGCAACAUCGUCAAUGGACUCGGCACAUCCGCCUAUGAAGCGGUGAUUCAGUUGGCUGUAUUCGACCUCUUCUUCGACCACCAGCGCGGUCGUAUGCUGGGUUUUUACAUUUUUGCCCAGCAAUUGGGUUCCAUCAUUGGUCUGGUUUCGGGUGGCUACAUCGCCGAUGGACCGGGCUGGCGCUGGGCCCAAUGGGUAGUCGCCAUCGGUGAAGCAGUGUUGAUCAUCGUUUUCUAUUUCUCAUACGAGGAAACACUGUUUCCCCGGUUUCUCUUCACUUCGCAGAGCCUGCCCACCGAGGAGGCCAAGACAAUAAGCCCGGUAGAGGCGACCGAAACCGCUUCUGUGGACAAGAAAGACCGCAUCGUGGUUGACAACGCGAGUGUUAGCGAGGGCACAGCCAGUGGGACGAUCCCAUCGCCGUCCGAGUUCCCGAAACGGACCUUUUCUCAGAAACUGCGCCUGUGGGUAUACUACCCACAAGAUAAAACCACGUAUUGGUCGUAUUUCAAGCGGCCGUUCUUCUUGUUGGCUUUCCCCAACAUCAUCAUUGCUGGCAUCAUCUUCGCUUUUGGCUGCACCUCGGGUAUCGUGACCAACAAGACCAUCUCUGAGAUUCUCACCGGGGCGCCAUACAACUUCACUGACGGCCAGACUGGACUUGCCUAUCUGUCUGCCUUAGUUGGCAGCAUUAUAGGAUACCUCACCAGUGUUAUGGGUGACAAGAUUGUCAUUUAUCUCGCUCGUCGCAAUGAUGGUGUCAAGGAGCCGGAGAUGCGUCUCUGGGCCUUGGUGCCUUGCUUCAUCUACACAGCACUAGGAUAUGAGCUUUAUGGCUGGGGAGCACAGGAGGGAGCACACUGGAUGACAAUCACGGUGGGCAUUGGAGCAAUGAUUGCUCAGCAGGUGGCUGCGACAUCAACAGUAUGUUCCCCGAGUAUAUGCUUGGCCCGUCCUUCUCAUAGCUCUAAACUAACUAUGCACCUCCAGGCUACUGCCUACGCAAUGGAAUGUUUUCCCGGGGUUGGAGGCGAAAUUGUCGUCAUUCUCGCCAUCUGCAGCUCAAUCAUCAACUUCAUCAUCUCCGAGACCACACAGCCGUUCUACGAUACCACCGGGCCAGGGUGGCUGUUCCUAUUCUAUGGAAUCUGGGUGAUUCUCUCCCUAGUAGCCGGGAUGGCCGUCUAUGUGUGGGGAAAAAAGUGGCGGAGAAAGUGUGCUCCCAGAUACUACAAGUUCCUCCAGGAAAGAGGAGGCAACAUCUAAUGUGCUUUCAUGUAUACCCAACUGGUGUUGAUACGAAUUUCACGUCCUGAUUCUAAGAUUGACCAGCAAUGUUAGAUUGGCUAUCUAUUUCUAAGUACUUUUCUAGUCUUUUGGCCCACUUCUCCUUGUCAUC